AUGGCCCCGGCCUGCGAGCGGCUACAUUUCCGCUUUCCCGGUUACGGCGACGGUGUGCUGCAUCGCAUGGACCAGCUGCGGGAGCAACGCCGCUUCUGCGACGUGACGGUGCAGGUGAACGAGCUGCGGGUUCCCGGCCACCGCGUGGUCUUUGCGGCCUGCUCCCCUUUCCUGCGCGACCAGUUCCUGCUCAACGAUUCGCAAGAGGUGACGGUUUCCCUCUUCCAGAGCCCAGAGAUCGGGCGCCAGCUUCUGCUCUCCUGCUACACCGGGUGCCUGGAAGUGCCUAUCAAGGAACUCGUCAACUAUUUGACGGCGGCGUCCUUCUUGCAGAUGGGCCACGUGGUGGAGCGCUGCGCUCAGGCCGUCUCCCACUACUUGGUCCCCAAGGCGGACGCCCUGCUGGAGGAGAAGCAGGAGGAGGAGAGCAGUGAACAGCAAGACGGAGAGGAAGAGGAGGAGGAGGAGGACGAAGAGGGGGGGAAGCAGCCAUCUUCCAAUCCAGGCAAAACAGACUGCGAAGAGAACAAAAUGGCUGUGGAGUUCACCCCGCGCGGCUCCCACGGCCCGGCCUCUCCCGCCAUUUCCCUCUCCCUCAUCAACUCCGCCGUGGAGAUCACCCGCAGCUACCUGCAGGGAUGCUACGAUGACGAGAUGAGCGGCAAAGGGCUGCCCUUCCCCUCCACCACCCCCUCCCCCGCUUCUCCGUGGAGGAACUACCCCUUGCACCGCCACCGCCACGGCCCGGCUAUCAACUACCGGGAAUGGAGGACGGGCAGUGGGGUGGCCACGUGGAAGGUUCCGGGCCUGGAGCGUCCCUACCGCUGCCCCCGCUGCAGCCGGGUGUUCCAGCAGCUGGGCCCCUUUGUCAGCCACGUGCAGGAGCACAAGCUCUUCCUGUGCCUGCGCUGCGGCAAGGUCUUCUCGCAGAAGAGCAACCUCACCCGCCACAUCCGGGUGCACACGGGCUUCAAGCCCUUCCAGUGCCCCAUUUGCCGCAAGUGCUUUACCCAGAACGCCACCCUGCAGGACCACCUCAACCUCCACAGCGGCAUCAAGCCCCACAAGUGCAACUACUGCGAGAUGCACUUCACGCACAAGCCGGGCCUGCGGCGCCACCUGAAGGAACUGCACGGGAAAAGCACCGUCCAGAACAGCCACGAGGAGAUCGAGGAGGUCACCAUCGGCUUCGACGUGCGGGCGGGACAGGAGGGCGGCUACACCCUGAACGGCAGGUUCUUCUGCGAGCCCAAGGGGGGUCUUCCGGCCCCAACAUCGUCUCGAUGAGAAACAGCCUGCGGACCUUCGUAGGAGAUUUGCAGUAGAGAGUAGUAGUAACGGUUGGGGAAAGGCCGACCGACCGAGUUGUUUCUUUGUCGAGUAGUGAGGCAAAGACCUGGAGUAGUAGGACGUCAGAAAACUGGAUGGCGUUGCGUUCUCUGUAGAAGUCGCCUGGCUACCAGGUGCUGUGGCUGCUGUAGGGCAUUUUUGGUUCUCCAGAGCUGGUCCACCUUUGAGGUGAGAUGAGGCAUCCCUGCAGAACCACGGUGCUCCUGUCCUGGACCUCCUGUUCAGAACGGCUGGCUUUGUGAAGGAGAACUUUUUGUGGUGGGUUGAUGGCUACAGAGCAUCCUCUUUGGUUUUCCUACCUCAAGCACUUCAAGGUCUCACGUCAGUCUUAACUUCAGAAGAGCUGAACGACGCAGACACGAGAGAGAGAGAGAGAGAGGGAUGACGUUGGAGAAGGAGCAGACCUGUUUGUGAACUGACGUCCACGCGUCCACGUGGCGCACAGCACAAACGAGGGUUUGGGCAUUGUGAAAUGGUUCGUCGCUCUUAAUAAAAGGAUGCCACUCGUCACCCC